AUCUAUUCCUUUCCCUCUAUUUUAUUAUACACACACAUGCAAAAUUUAUACAUUAAUGUUGAUUUAAUAUUGCAUUUAUACACCUGUAUUUUCCCACUAUACCCUCCUCCAGCUCCUCUUCUUAAAGUCUCUCCACUCCUCUCCUCUUUCCUCUAAACCUUCAUUCUUUACACCACCAAGACAGAUAGAUAAUCUUUUAUAUUAGUUUCUUCUUCAGCUUUCUCUGCAAUAAGAACUGCAAAAGAAGUUGUUGGUUCUGGUCUUUCAUGGAUUGUCUCUGGCUCUGAGGUUAAUAUAGCAAGACUUUUGUUUGAUUUCAAGAAUUGUUUGUCGGUUGGGUAUCAAAGAAGAUACCAGGAGUUGGUAUGGGGGAAAUAUACGAAGAAGGGUUGGUGGUUGAACCGACUGAAAAUGGAAAUUCCACCCCUUUAAAGGAAGAUUCUAUAGUAGAUCACUCCUUAAUUAGUGAAAAAAGCCCUCAAAUUGCAGGAAAUGGUCAUGCAGUUAAUGAGGUAGUUGACACUUCAAUUGAGCAUCUUUAUGAAAAUGUUUGUGAGAUGCAGAGUUCUGACCAGUCACCAUCAAGGCGUAGCUUUGGAUCUGAUAAUGAAGAGUCUGUAAUUGAUUCUGAGCUCCGACACCUUGUUGGAGGAGAGAUGGGAGAAGUGGAGAUUAUGGAAGAAGAAGUUGGGAUGCAAAAGGAAGAAGUUGAUGAUGAUAUUCGUAGUGAUUCUGGUUCGAAGAAGGAAAGUUCCUUGGCAGGUAGCAAGUCGAGGAAAUCAAGGACCAAAUCUGUUUCAUCUGCCAAUUCAAAAAAAGUUUCUCGCUUGCAUUUGGAGUCGGAUUCAACUUCAAGUCCCAAGAGCAUAAGCCCUCAAGAGAAACCUCCUCGAGAUAAGUUAAAUAACAAGGUGUUGGUGAAACCAAGUGGCGUAGACAACUCCAUCAAAAAACAAAAAAACAUCUCUUUAAGAGGGGUAUCGUCUCAAAAUGGAGGAGAUGAUUCAUCUGAUUCAGGUCGAGAAAACCCCGACCUUGGACCCUUUUUGCUUAAACAAGCAACGGAUUUGAUAUCUUCUGGUGAUAAUCCUCGGAAAGCUCUCCAAUUUGCUCUUCGAGCAGCAAAAUCAUUUGAAAAAUGUGCAGAUGGUAAGCCCAGCUUAGAUAUGGUCAUGUGCUUGCACGUGACUGCUGCAAUAUACUGUAGCUUGGGUCAGUACAGUGAGGCUAUUCCUGUUCUUGAGCAUUCCAUCGAUAUUCCUGCAAUUGAGAAGGGUCAAGAUCAUGCCCUUGCUAAAUUUUCUGGUCACAUGCAACUUGGUGAUACUUAUGCCAUGGUGGGUCAAUUUGAAAAUUCAAUAAUGUGUUAUACGAUGGGUUUGGAACUCCAGAGACAGGUUAUGGGAGAUGCAGAUCCAAGAGUUGGUGAGACUUGCAGGUACUUGGCUGAAGCUCAUGUUCAAGCAUUGGAAUUUGAUGAGGCCGAGAAGCUUUGUCAGAUGGCUAUAGAUAUUCACAAAGAUAAUGGUUCACCUGCUUCUAUUGAAGAGGCGGCUGAUAGAAGGCUUAUGGGUCUUAUAUGUGAAACUAAGGGUGACUACGAAGCUGCUCUUGAGCAUCUGGUUCUUGCUAGCAUGGCCAUGGUGGCCAAUGGGCAAGAAAAGGAGGUUGCAUCUAUUGAUCUAAGCAUCGGAGAUGCAUACUUAUCUUUGUCUAGGUAUGAUGAGGCUAUAUUUGCUUAUCAAAAGGCAGUCACAACUUUCAAGUCUACCAAAGGAGAGAACCAUCCGACCGUUGCAGCAGUUUUUGUCCGUCUGGCUGACCUAUACAACAAGACAGGAAAAUUUAAGGAUUCAAAAAACUACUGUGAGAAUGCUCUUCGAAUCUACGAGAAGCCCUUACCUGGAUGUCCUCCGGAGGAGAUUGCCAGUGGUCUGACUAAUGUUUCCGCAAUAUAUGAGUCGAUGAAUGAGCUUGAUCAGGCUCUUAAGCUACUAAAAAAGGCAUUAAAGAUCUACGAUGAUGCCCCUGGUCAGCAAAACACAAUUGCGGGUAUUGAAGCUCAGAUGGGAGUCAUUUACUACAUGUUGGGGAACUACCCUGCAUCAUACACCUCCUUCAAAAACACCAUUUUAAAGCUUCGAACUGGUGGAGAGAAAAAAUCAGCCUUUUAUGGCAUUGUGCUUAACCAAAUGGGCCUCACCUGUGUACAACGUUAUGCUAUAAAUGAGGCUGCAGAAUUGUUUGAGGAAGCAAGACAUGUUUUGGAACAAGAGUAUGGACCAUAUCAUCCUGACACACUUGGAGUAUACAGCAAUCUUGCUGGCACUUACGACGCUAUAGGAAGGUUGGAUGAUGCAAUUGAAAUAUUGGAAUAUGUUGUUGGGAUGAGGGAGGAAAAGCUUGGGACAGCAAACCCGGAUGUGGACGAUGAAAAGAAGAGGUUGGCAGAGCUAUUGAAGGAGGCAGGCAGGGUUCGUAAUAGAAAAGCCAGAUCAUUGGAGAACCUUCUCGAUGCCAACCCUCAUGCUACAAAAGGUGAUGGUAUUAAGUUAAGAUGAUAAUGUUGUUUUUUAUCGAUAUGCUUUUUGGAUGAGACGAGGUACCAUAGAAACAUAUUUAUUUGUACAGCAGAGGAAAGGAAACAAGGUACAGAGAGGUGGUUUUAUGGAUGUGUUCAAUAGCAAUACUGAAGUAAUAAAGUGUAAACUGGGAUCUUGCUGUAAUGUUCAUUUGAUUUUUUUGUUUAUUUUAAUGCACAUUUGUAUAUUCAGUACACCAUUUUCAUCUGGUAAUUGUUUUUAUGAAUAAAAUCCAUAUAUUUGUUCUGUCUCA